UUGGAAAGCGGGCAUGCGCAGUGCGAGCUGUUCGUAUGCUGCUUCUGCCGGCAAUUUGAAAGGGGGUUUUCGGGAAGGUCGCCAAGUCCUGCUUUUUUUAGUUAAAUGACAAAACUUUUAUUCUCUUGUAUUAUUGAAAAGAAUUAUUGAGGAAAUUAUGUUUAUGGCUAUUUUAAAGUCCAUCCGGCAUUGUGAAAGCCACCUUUACUUUCAAACUUGUCUAUUUUAUAAUCUUCCCCAUUGAAGAUUUCGAAGAAUUUUUCCAUCCUUGUGCUAGUAGCUUUCCGGUGUGAAGAAGCCCUCUGUACCACAGACACGCUGCGUUUUAUUUUUCUUUCAAUCCCCUCCGCUGUCAAGCACUGUAGGUAACCGUGAUUCAUCGACUGCCAAUCACAUUCAAGGCGUUCACAGGCUCUACACCAGCCUUUGCCGCCAGUUUUGUUUUGAUCUCGAAAGGCGCGAGAUCGCGAACGGAGCCAUUUUUCUUUUGGGCGGAUUCCUGCGCCAUCCAGGCCCUCGGCUACUGUUUCGCCGCCAUCUUAAGUCCUGGUUGCGGCUUCAAGCCGCUGACGAGGCUGACUAGAUCAUCCUGUGUUUGGGCUGCGGCAACGUUCCCCAGCGCGUGGGGAGACCCUGGGAAGGUGGAGGUAAGCUCCAAGCACGAGUCUCCAAAGCUUCUGAAGGUUGGCUUGAGCGCCGGCCCUUUGUAGUCUGAGUUUCCACACCCACGUACUACUUCACGAGUGACCCUGGACAGUAACAACACAAAUAAAAGCCCGAACCCAAACACGCCCACCGCCGUAGGUCUGUAAUUACUCCGGAAUCAGUAAGCCAUGGCAUCAAAGAAAUUUGCUGUUAAAUGUGGGAAUUUUGCUGUCCUCGUGGAUCUUCACUUAUUCCCGCAAGGUUCAAACAAAGAUGCCAGCUGGUUUUCUGAACAGAAGAAAGAGGAAGUCUGUUUACUGUUAAAAGAAACCAUUGAUUCAAGAGUUAAGGAAUACUUGGAAGUUCACAAACAGCACAGGCCGUCAAAUACAGAAUUCACAAGAUCCAAUCCCUUGUCCUUAAAAGGUUUUGGGUUGCAAAUCACAGCCUGUUUCUUGAGGAGAGGGAUCCGCCUUCGCUGCUUUUCGCGCUCACGGAGUCCUGAACUCCGUGUAUUCCCUGACAGAUUUGUGGUGUGUGUGCAUCAGCUUGCAUUCAGUCAUGAUCUUUUGGCAAGGCAGAAUGAAGAAUUGACGGAAAGAGCGCUCUAUGGAACGUCUGAUUAUUUUGCUGAGUGUGCAGAGAGUCCACUUCCUUCCAGUGCAAAGCUCAAGAGAAAUGCUUUGAAAGAAAUUGUGAAAAGAGCUGAAACAAAAAGCAGUACCGUGAGGAAAUCACACAGCAGCAGGGACAUUGUGGGAACAUCUAGUGACUCAGUGACUACAGAGACGGCAAUGAGAAGGGGUGACAGUCAGGCUUCGUCCAGUCUCCCGUCAGAGUCCACGGGACAAGCAAAGAAUUACAUAAAGGCAACUGAGAGCCACUGGGGGCUUCCUGUUCAAAAGCUGGAAAAUGUUCAUCAGACACAGCCAGAAGACACUAGCAGCCAGCAAAAACCUCAUCCUGGGGAGUGGUUAGAGACUGGGCUUCUAAGCGGGAGCCCUGUCUGGAGCUGUGAGUCAGCAUCACCAGGUCCAAAACAAAGUCCACGAGGGGCCAGAACACAACAGAAACGCAGGAACUGCGGCUCUGCGGAAGACUCCGACCACCACAAGAGAGUUUCUCUUGGAAGUGAUCGAUUAGUCCCGAGAGAAAUAACCGUGGAGAAAAGCAGAGUUGUCAGGGUUUUGCCAACUUCAGAGCUGUCAGAUCCGGGGUUACUUUUGAAACAAGAUUUGGCAAAAACCACGUCUAAUGAAGAGUUGCAUGUUUUGGAAAAUCUCUCCUCCAGACAUCUUAUAAAAAAUAAGCCAGGGCAGGCAGAGCAAACCGGCUCAGCCACAAACACUGAAAGAUUAGCUACAAUUCAGAGCAGCCCAACCAAGAAAAAGAAGAAGUCUGAAAGAGGCCACUAACUUACUAAAGAGGAUUGCAAAGUUGUGGUUGAGGAUAUAGUGGCCAAACCUGUGAAAAACGAGAAGUGUGUAUAGAUGCUGUGAUUUCAAAGGAAUUAGAAUGAUUAUUUUGAAUAGGAAAUACAUAUCUGUGUUAGGGUUAGCUUUCAAAGCAGUCACCUCCAGGAGCCUGUGUGCUUGUUCUAACACCAUUUGCUACUCUCCCAUCACACUUUAUAACUGUCUUCAGGAAAUUAUGUUAAUGAUAACCGUCCUUUCACUGUGGGGAAUGACACCAUUCGUGAUGAACUGCGUAAAGAAACCAGUCAGGUGCUGCUGUACAGACACAUCGCUGUAUGGACCAUGCGAUGGGUCCCGUAAAGACAGUGCCACAGUGCUGCAGUUCAGGUCUAGGGGUACAGUUUAUCCGCUCGUUCCUCAGUCUAAGAAGGGCCGCAGUGAAAGAACAGGCCAGUGGCUCUCAGCAUCUAGUUCUCCACCAGCAUCACUAGCUGAAAACGUGUUAGAAACGCAGAUCUUGGGCCCCACUCCAGACCUACUGACUGAAUGAAAAACUGAGUGAUUCUGAAACAGGCUCAAGUUCGAGAACCACCACACUAACUGGAGACUCCCUGGUGUUUAUUUCCUCCAGCCUGGCUGCCAUGGCCUCCAGCUCAUCAGCUGGGGCCACGUGUAGACACGUACACUCUCCUGCUCCCUCAAAUUUGUAAAGCACCUGGGUUCAGUGUAUGAGUUACUCUGUUCCCCGGUUCUUAAGGAUAACAGCACAGCACCCAGGGAGCCGUUACUUACCCUAAGACUUGCAGGACGUUUCCAUAGAAUUCUGCCCAGCGUUAGGGGAGGAUAUGGAAGACACUUGUUCUUGCUUAUAGCUCAAGCCUAUCCCUAUCCCUGUCUCUCCUCUAAGAUUUUGCUUAGGUUCAAGAUGGAGCAGAACCCAAGUGGCCAGAGUUUCCAGUUUCCCAUUUAGAAGGCUUCACAGACAGUUUAAAUUUCAAAACAGGAGCCUUAGAUUUACGAUACCACCCACUAACAUCUCCAGUAGGCUUGCUGAAAUCUCACGUAGUGAAUCAUAGCAAUGACUUAUUUUGGAUAGACACCUUCUAAAGAUUUUCAUAAUUCAAUUUCAUUCUAAAAUAAGGAAGAAACCAUCUUCAAAGGCCACCCAUCAAGCAUACCUUUUUUUCCUGCUCAUCAUUGGGUAGUCCUUUGAAGUAACACCUCCCUACCGUAUUUACCCGAAAAUAAGACAUAGCCAGACAAUCAGCUCUAUUGCGUCUUUUGGAGCAAAAACUAAUAUAAGAUCCGGUCUUAUUUUACUAUAAUAUAAGACCGGGUCUUAUAUAACAUCACAUA